CUCUUGCAGAUCUGUCUGAAUCACUUUGCGAACCACAAUGGGAGAACUGGCAGUUGGAAUUAAUGGCUUUGGCCGUAUCGGACGGUUGGUCUUGAGGGCCUGUCUGGACAAGGGAAUUCAUGUGGUGGCCAUCAAUGACCCCUUCAUUGACCUGAACUACAUGGCCUACAUGUUCAAGUAUGACUCGACUCACGGCCGUUACCGUGGAGAGGUGCAAACUGAGGAUGGGAAGCUGGUGGUGGACGGGCACCCGAUUUCAGUCUUCCAGUGCAUGAAACCAGCGGAAAUUCCCUGGGGCGACUCUGGAGCUCUGUACAUUGUGGAGUCCACUGGAGUGUUCCUGAGUGUGGAGAAAGCUUCGUUACACUUACAAGGUGGAGCAAAGCGUGUGGUGGUCACUGCUCCUUCUCCUGACGCCCCCAUGUUCGUGAUGGGAGUGAACGAGGACAAGUAUGAUCCGUCCAGCAUGAGCAUCGUGAGCAACGCAUCCUGCACGACUAACUGCCUUGCCCCUCUCGCGAAGGUCAUCGAGGAUAACUUUGGAAUUGUCGAGGGUUUGAUGACGACCGUUCACGCUUACACUGCCACUCAGAAGACGGUGGAUGGGCCUUCUGCCAAGGCCUGGCGCGAUGGGCGAGGUGCUCACCAGAACAUCAUCCCAGCAUCGACCGGCGCUGCCAAAGCUGUGGGCAAAGUCAUCCCAGAGCUGAACGGUAAGCUGACCGGGAUGGCAUUCCGUGUGCCAGUAGCUGAUGUGUCCGUCGUGGAUCUGACCUGUCGUCUCACGAAGCCAGCCUCCUACGCCGAGAUCAAGGAAGCGAUGAAGAAAGCAUCGGAGGGGCCUCUGAAAGGAAUCCUGGGAUACACGGACCAUCAGGUGGUGUCCACUGACUUUGUGGGUGACACUCACUCCUCCAUCUUCGAUGCUGGCGCUGGGAUCUCUCUCAACGACAACUUUGUCAAGCUCAUCAGCUGGUAUGAUAAUGAGUUUGCGUACAGCAAUCGUGUAGCUGACCUGCUCAAUUACAUGUUCAGCAAGGAAAACUAAGCAGGAACGGUGCUGGACUAAGCCAGUGGCUCUCCCCAUCGAUUGGGGCAGAGGGAGAGGGUAGUUGGACCAGACAUGUGUACCUUGCAUUCCAGGCUCUCUGUAGCGUUCAAGUGUAGAUAAACCGGACCGAAGCUGUCACCUCCAAUUUUAAAACACCUUCAACCUGCAUUGUCACCUCACGAGUUCCUGUGCACUUUGUGUUUGUAUGUGUGUGUGUGUGUGUGUGCGCACACACAUGUAUGUGUGUGUGGUCCUUGCUAGUCCACAGGGUAUUGUACCCUCACGAGAUCAUUCCUGAGGUAGUGAAUUGUUCUUAUCUCUAAAUAAAAGCUUCCCAUGAACUCA